AUGAAUUUGGGAAAUAGGGAAGAUGAUUAUUCAAUACAAGACCCGAGUAUGGCGUAUUCCGGUAAGGUGCUUGCUCCGAUGUUCUCUAAGAUCUUGACUAUGACAUAAGUAACUUUGAAAAAUAUAUUGCGAAUGUACGAUGUGAGUAGCAGCAUGUCUGUUAAAUAAGGUCAUUUUAUCGCUAAACUUGAGUUUGCUUGUUUGUUUCACAAGCGAAUUCUAAAUUACAUGUACUGUAAAACUCAUUUACAACGAUGGGAAUACCAAGCCUGAGACAUUGUAUUGAUUACAUCAUGCUCCGGUAGGGUUGUUGCUUAGAGCAAUAAUUACUCCGGCUUAAAAAGAGCUAACCCUUUCUAAAAUGGCUCUGGAAAACAAAGACAUGAAGUAAUUUUGAAGGUUCAGUUGCGUAAAAAAGCUGGCUUCACCAAUGAAAAAGCCAGCGUUGCUUUUCCUUAGCUUUAUCCCUGCGGUGGACAAGUCUAAGUCGGGCACCACAAAAUUCUUGCUCCAGUUUGAUUGCCAGUCAGAAUUGGCUUGUGGAGCUGGUGUUGUUACAAAUUUGAAAGAAAUUACAUGUUACAAGAAAAAUUGAAAUUGCCUAACAUACAUGUAUUGUAAGACCAAACAAGGUAUAUAACAGCUGUACAUGUGUCACAGACCAAAGAGAGUUAUUUAAAACAUUUAACAGGGGUGUCAUUAAGUGCUUAGCCAGCGAAAACAGCCUUUUCUCCUCACUCCUCGCUGCUGGGGACAUUUUGCGAGGACGAACGUCCGUGACUCAGCGACAGAAAUUCCAUACAGAUGACGUAAAAUCUGACCAGAAUCGGGUCAUAAGCGCUGAUUGGACAACUAAGUAGUUACAUUGUUUUAGCUAUUUUUUACGAAUGACAGACAAAAGACAAAAGGCUACAAAGGUCAAAUGUAAAAGCGAUGAAUUUAUAACAAAACAAUCAAUAUUUGUGGAAUGUACUCUUCUCUAGAAGAAGGUUUUGAGUUUCGCUGGAGCUUGUUUGCAGAUGAACACAACACUUUACCAAAAUCGACAAGGAGAAACAUAAAAUUGAACAAAUUUGCAUUUGGAACCCCAUGACUAUUGGAUUUAUUAUUUAAACAUUGAUUUUAUGUCAUCAGUAUGGAAUUUCUGUCAUUGAGUCGCAGACGUUCCUCCCGCGAAAUAUUCCCAGCGGUGAGGAGCAAGGAGAAACAGCUGUUUUCACAAGCUAUUAAGUGCCGGGGGCUGGGGAUUUUCCUCAGCUACUCUGAAUGUGGUCCCUGGCUACUUUCAUUGGAAAAUAGAAAAAAAACAGAACAAAAGAUAUCCCUAGCUGACCCAAGUAAUGUAGGAGCUGCUCGUAAGGUGUUUCCUCAUUGGUCGCAGGAAACAAUAACACAUCAUUGUUUAUCAUUAUUUCCCAUUGUUUCAUGGUUAGGGUAAUGAACCAAUUGUCUUUUAGGGUUAGGAGAGGUGAGGUGUUUGAUUCCUUGCAUGCAGGUACUUGUUGUAUUUAUCCGGCAACUAGAAAUCUUAGUGACAACCCUGACUUAAGCUUGCACAACAUUGAAAAGAGAUAACUGUAUAGGAAUAAAAAAGUUUUGCAAGGCUUUUGUGCAUGCAUCACAAGGCUUGAAUGCAUCCAUCUUUUUUGGUAGCUUGGAUGCCUUGUACUUAAGUGUGACAUGCAUUUCAUCUUUCUUUUUAGUCAACAGAGGUGCAGCACUCUCACCAUAUCUGAACAUUGAUCCAUCAUAUCUUAAUCAGGUAAAGUAAUAAUAUUAUAGAGAGCUUUAGCAACCACAACCAUGAUGGCAAUGAGAAUGUAAAAAAAUAAAUAAAUGAAUGAAAACAAUAUUAUUGGUAUUAUGAGCAAAACAAACUCUGCAUGUGCAUCACACUUUUUUUCAGAGCUUUCAUUAAGGGCCCAGGUGUAGGUAUUUUCCCUGACUAUUACCACUAUACAGGUAUUGCAAUCUCGAUUUUUCUGUCAGGAUGAUUCUAAGCAGAAACAGCCAGUGGUGUCAUUAUAACUUAAUUUAAAAUCGUACCACUGUAUUUCUUCAUUCUAAUUGUGUUUGGUAUGCAUUUCGUGAUGUGUGCAAACAGUAUGACUGUAAACUGGCCAAUAAAGAUCCAAAUCACAAUGAAUAAGUUGUGAUUUAAGGACUCUCUUGAAGUUUUUUAUUCCACAAAAAAAUUUCUUGACCCAAUGUCAGGGUCUGUUAUCAGCAAAAUGUGUACAUAUGCCAGUUCGUCGUUUCUCAGAUAAUGUGUUAACACCCAGCAUCUGCUUGCAGCAUUAUACUUAGAAUUUUUAACCUCAAGGCAGUCUAUAAUUAUAUUGUAGUUAAAGCAUAAGAUUUUAACUUUGUUUUACAGGGUGGAGCUGAGUUUGUUUUUCCCACUGAUAGUAAAAAGAAGAGAAGUUGGGGUGAACAGAUGUUUUCAGGGAUUGGAACCUCGUAUAUGUGUGGUAUGUUGUCAGAACAUUGUUGAAUUCAGUUAAACCCUUUCACUCCUAAUGGCUGCCAAAGAAAAUAAUUCACUCUCAAUAAAUCCAAUUCUGUUAUUAAAAUCCUAAGAACUAAAUAGUGCUAUGCAAAAGUUCUACCUAAGAGUAUUCAUUUUUAUGGUAAAAUCAUACGAUUUCAUCUUCAAGUUAUUGACCUAAUAAUAAUCUUCCCUUAACAUACUGUUGCAGAAGUGGAAAAGGGUCAACCAGGUGCUGAGUUAGGGAAAAGUUCUUUUAUUAUAAUUUGGACUUGGUUCUUAUGACAAGCAGGAGUCAGUUUAUUAAAACUUUUACAAAUGUAGCUUAGUACUGUUUUCAAACUCUAGAACAAUGGCUACAUGUGAAAAAGUUUUAUUAAAUUGACCCCAGGGUUAUCAAGAAGUUCUGUAAUUUGACUGGUUGCUACAUGUACUCACUAGUAAAAAGAAAAAAAAAAUAGAGCAAAAAUGGUGUUGCCACUUGCCAUUGCCAUCUACAUGUACUUUUUUACUUUUUGGCUCUACUUCUUAACCACCCAGAUUAGAUACAUUCAUCAGAUGCCUUUCAUGUUUUGGAGAGUUUGAAACUUUUCUGUAAUUGAUAUGAUGAUCCUCUUUUUAAAGGUUUGGCAGUUGGGGGGACAUGGGGUUUAUAUGAGGGCCUACGGAAUCCAGAUGGCAAGACCCUCAAACUUAGAGUAAAUAGGUAUGUAUUCAAUCCUAUUCAUGACUGAUCAUACUUAUAUCAAUUUUGUAUUAUAAUUUAAACUUUGGAUAGCGCUAUCCACCAGAUAAAUCACUAUGCAGUGGCUAAGUACUUGUGUUAUCCACUGGACAAAGAUUUAUCCAGUGGAUAGUGUUAUCCAGCUUUAGUGUUAUCCAACUAGGGCCAGGCUGUGCUCUAAGAAAAAUUGAAUGGAGCUCAUUGCACUGAGCCUGUGAAAUUCAGGGUGCCCAGCAUAUGAUUUCUAUGAAAAAAAAAUAGUAAUAAAACUAGAUUUUUAUAGUUACCUGGGCAUAAAAGUUAGGUGCCAGGGGUCACUGGGUGCUCUUAAAACACAGCCUUGAACAAAUUUGACAAGUCAGAGUAAAUUUUCUGAGCUUGUUUGGUAGAAUAAGUAACAAAUUGAUUUGUUUAUUGCAAAUUUUACAGUGUACUUAAUGGAUGCACACGGAGGGGUCCAUCUUUUGGAAAUGGCCUGGGGAUUCUUGGUAAGUGCAGAAAUAUUGUAACAGCUUAUAUAAAGAGGGAAAUUUAUUUGAUACAUUUACAUAUCAACUGGCUGUAGUUGCCCCUGUAUAUCUCUUGUUCUGCUAGUGACAGACUACUUGACAUGAUAGACCACUUUCAUGAGAAACUUCUGCAGGGAAUGAGAUCUUUCAAAUCAUGCCCAAAUUAGCAUGAGCUAGUCAAGCAAGCGGCGCGUAAUGACUGAAUGGCCGCGGCCGUCGCUUUUUCUUGCCGACAAAUAAUACUUUCGAGGGCAUUUGUUUAGCUUUUGCUGGGAAAUUUCUUCAAAAGGAGUUGUGAAUUCUUUUUGUAUUUAAAAUCAUUCUGUAAAAAAAGAUUAUUAAAUUUAGUCUUAAGCUUAUUUAUGAACAAGUCAACUAAAUAAUAGUAACACAAGACUUAAGCUUAAUUUGUAUUUGUAAACAAAAAACUUUUUCACCGGUUUUAUCGAUAAAUUCGAGUCAAAAAGACAAAGCUUUACCUGUUAAAACUUCCAAACCGAACUUUGUCACCUUCUUUGUGUAUUUCCGGAACAGCUUGCUUGAUUAGUAGUUAAAUUUCUUUGUUUGUUAUGGCAGCAAACUGGGAAGGCAUUUUGCUCACAACUUACGUGAGUUUGGCGUCGCUUGCUCGGAGGAACUGGAGGUGAAUCAGUGAAUAGUGCAGGAUAUUCACUGAUUGAGUAGCCAAUCAGAGCGUGUGAAAAACACUAUCCACUGUUUUAGUAUAUACUCAACUGUUAUAUAACAUUCAUCAGAAAAUUCCAAUGGAAAUCUUGUUUCACUGUCCACUGUUACUUCCUGCAAAAUGAAUUCAUGAUCCUUGGUAGUUUUGUAGAAAUGUCAGUGUAUUCCCAAUAAAAAUUAAUGUAGCCUCGUACAUGCCCAGCAAAAAGUUACAUGAACUUUGAAAGUUGUAAUUAUUUUGGAUCAGGAAAAACAGCUAGCCUGGUUAUACUGAGUGAAAAAACAACCUGACUAGCUAAAAAAACAUUUUUUGGCAUUAGUUUCCAGGGGCAAUUAAAUGGGUCCUUAAAGUAUGUUAUUAUCACAAUGCAUGUGCAGGAAAAAAACUGACUAAAGUUUAUGUAAGGAAAGAAUUUAAUAUAAAUAUAUUAAUGAAAAGUUAUGAUUGAAUAGUAACUAAAAAGAAUAUUGAAUUUUUUUUUUGUUAUGAACAGCACUCAUGUACUGCAGUCUAGACACAUUGAUUGGAAAGUUACGUGGAGGAGAGGAAGAUGAAUUCAACUCUAUUGGUGCUGCAACCUUAACGGGCAUGCUCUUUAAAUCGACAGCAGGCGUGAGACCCAUUGCUAUAGCUGGAGCUUUGGGUGGUGGUCUUGCCACUGCAUAUCAUUUUGGGGAAAAGCUUUGGAACAGCAGAGGACAUUCUCUUUCCACGCCCAACUGGGCUUAGAUUCUGUUUAAAUUUUUUGCUGCGAACAGUGCUUACAGUCUAUAACAUCCAUCACACUGAAUCAUGAGUUGGCUUUGGUUUGAUGUUAUAGCCCCAUAUUUAAUUUGCAAGAGGAAAGAAAAGUUGACCAUUGUGUCUGGUGAACGUGUGGAGUUCCAUGGUUACAAGGCAAACGUCAUACUUUGAAGGACAAAAGAACUCAAAUGACAAAAUCAUUGACCAAGGAAUAAGCUUGAGAACUGAAAAGGACUGCUCUACAGCAUACAAUAACAUGGCAUUACAUCCAUGGAUGAAUAAUAUUCAUGUUGCAGUUUACAUGUUGAUGUACCUGUACCUGUACGAACACAAUGUUCACAUGGAUUUAAUGAACCAUCAAAGGAGAUGAGAGUCAUUCCUUUGUUUUACACUGUGUAAAAAAAGUGAAUUAGGUUGGUAAAAUACAAGAAAGAUUAUUAAAGCGCAAAGUUGAUGGAAUGAUAUUUCUUAACAGGGGAGUUUUGCAGCUAACUAGUUUUGGAUGCAUUGAUAAAACGAAACUAAAGGAUAUGCAAGACCAAAGCCAUGGUUGUUCUUUAUCAAGGUUUCCUUUAUUGUACUUGAGUGCCUUUUACCAAAAAAAAAACUUCUUACAGGGUUCAUAUAUACCUUUAAAGUCAUCUAUUUUCAGAAUAUAAUAUUAUAAUAAUAUUAUUAUGAUAACACCAGACUUAAAAAGUCCUUAACAAUAAAUUGCAGCUGGUACUGGAAAGUUUUAAAAAUAGAAAAUUUUCAUGAUGACAUUAUUUGACUACAACUACCAGAAUCCUCUACUUUGCUGUGUGUACAUGCAAACCAGGGUUGUUGUUUUAUAAAUGUUGGUGAGAAUAAAUUUAAAAAAGAACAAAAAAGUAAUGGAUUUUGGUAGUUGUGGUUAUCUGACUUCAUCGUGAAAAUGGCCUAUUAAUUUUUUGUUGCUUACUUAAUCCGACACAGAAAAUGCAGGUGAAAAAAUAAUAAUAAUAAAAAAGGUUAUAACACUCAUUGAAAGCCCUAGCCUGUUCUCAAACCCUACGUUUAACAACAGUCAAUUUAUUAUUAAAUAAAACCAAAGUGCAGUUAAUGUUCCUGUGAUACUGUUUUCCAACAUUUUUUUAAUUACUGGUAAUUCUAAUCAUCAUGCAUGCUGCAAAUCUAAACUUUGAAAUCAAAUAAACUGUUUUUGCCAAUAAUGCCAAAUCACAAACUGUCGGAGAAAGUUGUCAACUUCAUUUUGUCCGAUUCAUAAAAAACAAAAAAACAACAAAACAAAACAAAUUGCAUCAUGAAAAAGCACCAGUUUGAUGGGGUUUCAUAUCAAGGAUUACACUGUGAGGUCUCGUUCAGAAUCAAAAAGUCUCAUCCUAACCUUGGCCAUCUUUAACAAGUGGGGUGUUACAGUAAUAAUUAGAGACCUUGAAGGUACACCAUAACUUUAUUGCCUUCAGGUAUAGUUAGAGGUCCCUUUGCAUACUUUUAAUAUUUAUUUAUAUCAAAGACCAUACUUUUACCACUUUCUUAGCUGGACACCAAGCUGGUUUCCCAUGGUAACAGGUUGUUUACCUGUUUUUACUAUCCCAGACUUAUGGUCUCU